CAGCCCGAAGACCCAUCAUCUGAACGCGAUAAACCGCCACACAAAUCUUCUUUGUCCUCGAAAUUGAUCGAUAAGACCAAACGUAAAAUACGCAUUGUCGUUACCGACAGCGGUGGCGGUCAAACCAAUUACAACAAUUUCACAGGCAAAGAUAAAAUCGAACCGAAAAACACAAAUGUCGACUACAAUGGCGAUUAUGAUUUGACGAAAACCUUAACCUUUUCGUUAGAUGGCAGCGGGCGCAGUAAAAACGAUAAGAAUUGGGAAAAUUGGGAGCGUAUUAGGGAACAGAAAUUGGAACGUAUGAAAAAUAUUUGCUUUGAGAGUUACCGUCAAUCGAAGAAGGAUAGAAUGUAUCCACCCAAACCCAUACCACGACAACUAGACCCAACUUGGUACACGGACAAUAUUUACUCGAACAAAUCCGAGGACCUAGAUGACGACUAUGUACCGGACUGCAUUAAGUACGCGAGUAAUUAUCGUAAAUUGAGAAAUAUACGCGAGCAUGACGAACUAUUUUUGGAAGAUGACUUUGUGGGUGGGGGCAUAGGGGCUGAAUAUCAGGGCGGUCCUCUUAAGGAGAGAAGAGGAGAAGGUGAGGGUUCCGCCAGUUAUGGUCUGCAUCGCUCUAUUAGUUGUAAGGAGUUCCAUUAUCCCAAAUCACAAAGUUGUACUUUUGCCGAACGUAUCUUUGAGGAGGGCUUAGGCAGUUCGCCACCUCCCCCUGCACCCACUGCACCGCCUACUACUUCUAUACUUAAAAAAGCCAAUGUGCCAAAAUCAUAUUCAUUCAGUGCUUCGACCAAAACCACGCCAUUCGAUGUCAUGGACUAUGAGGUUCCACCUUCCAUUGGUAAAUCACGACGUGACCGACAUGAUGCCUUCCGCAAAUCUAUGGGUUAUCAUUGUAGUAAUAGUUUAGAUGAGACAGCGCUAACGACGGCUCACGAGGCACACACCUGCUGUGCCCGAGAGCACUGUACCAACGCCAAGUGUUUGUUGGAUGACAUCUACACCGAAGGGUUCGGUUCUGUGCCACGACGAACAUGGCGUAGAGUUGCGCCCUCCACCUCGUCGCUGUCUGGUUUUUAUGGUGCUAGUGUCAGUGGUGGUAGCAACAGAAACUUGCACGAUUUGGACUGGUGGGAGGAUGGAAGAGGCACGAAUCAUCGGGUGGCAACGGCUUCUCGCUACUCUCUGCUCUCGGGGGGAAGUCAACGUGAGCAGCCACUGCCGCCGCCACCCACGGUGAUAUGUUGCUGUGCCGCCGAUGACUAUUGCUACCACCGCCAACAACAGUACCACUUGGCCAGAUCUUUAGCCCAUCAACAGCAGCAGCAACAACAACCGCAACCACCGCCUCGCUCUCGCUAUCACUGCCCCGGUCAUCAUCCGGCCGCCGAAGAAGAAGAACAUCUGCACUGUCGUGCCGUGGCCUACGAUACUGAUUUGGAUCAUUUCAUACGCGAUGAAAGAGAACGUCUUCUCAUGCAGGACAAAUUCUUAGAUGAAGACGAACGCUACUUAUCAUCAGGUGCUCCUAGACGCACCGCUUAUUCACGUUACCCUCGUCCUGCCAGAAGCAAAUCACUUUUAGAGGUACAACCGCCCAGCCGUUACGAUGAAGACUCUUGUUCAGACACCACAGAAAUGGACCUGCAAGACUUCAACAUAGACCUGGAAAAGUACUGGGAAGAAUUGGAAAAGCCUCCCAGCCCCAUUGACUUGGACAUGCAACGCCGCAAUAUGCACAGCAAUUUGAAGGUGAAAAAUGUCAAUGUUGGUUGUUACAACAAUGGACAACCUAUUGAUUUGCACGAUCGCGAACAAGAACGUAUGAUGAUUAAGAAAUCACUUUUGGAAGGUAUGCCAUCACCACCUCAGGUCGACCACCAUCCCUCGCACGCCUCAUCACUGCCUACCGACGCUAACAAUGCCGCUUCAAGUAGUUUUCAUUUUUUUGAACAUGCUGGCUCGCCCCUACACCGCUCCUUCAACUACGGCCACAAGGUCUACCCGGCAGCCGAAACGCUGCCCUCCUACCAGUACAACAACUUCUAUCCCGAACAUCACAAUGUCCAAACCCAACAGCCUACUAGUUCUGGCCAUCAUCCUGCAGCCGGUGGCCAUUCGGCUUUAAAUCUCAUCAAUAAUAUCUUCUCCAUUUAUAAGCCCAACAAAUAUGCAGCCCAGAACUCCGCACACUACAACAACAACGAUACAAAACCCGAGCCUUGCAAAAAAAUGAAUGUACCCAGCACUAGACGUCCAUUAGGGGCAUCCCAUUCCGAGUAUAUGCACUCCAUGAAGCGUCCGCUUAUUGUUAGCACCGAGCAACCCCAUUUUAAGAUUAUACCCGAAAAGACCGGUCUUAAGAUAUCACCCUUUUAUAACUAUGACGAAUUUGAGGACAAACCACAACAACAGACACGACUGAAGCUGACCAGUACAGCACGACCGUUAAUGCUUCCGCACUGAUGGUGCUGGACAUUUCCGUGGUAUGGGGGUUGCUAGUAUUUACUUCAAAUGUUACUAUUACUACAACAAAAAAUGCAGUUGUUGCUGUUGUUGCUGUUACAACAAAAGCAGCGGCAGCAGCACUUGCCAACAAACUUUAACAUCAAUAUCAACAUCUUCAUCAGCGACUCCAGGGAUCAAAAACUUUUAUAAAAUAAAGACAAACAAAAAAACACGUUUCUUCAAAAUCAUUAUGACGUCAUUGAAAUUCUUCUGUUGUUUUUCCUCUUUACAAAAUGUUUAAACUUAAAAUCAUUUAUAAUCGAAGAUGCCGGCAUUAUUGUUUAGACUCAAGAUAAAUAGAAUUUUGAAUAUUCUUUACAAAACUUUUACUAGUUGGACAAUUAGUUUUAGGGCGCCAUUUCAGUUUAGAGUCGAGGUAAUGAUGUUUGUUGAAAAAUAUCACCUCGAAACUGGUUGUGCAGAAACGUUAUGGAAAUGACAUUGAUUCUAAGAAAUACUUAGUUCAGGAUUAAGUUAUUUAAUCAAUGAUUUUCUUUCGAAUUUGUCAUUAUCGGACUUCUUUAGAAUAAAUCUUGAACUGUGUUUUUUUUUUUUCUAUGAUUUUUGCUUUGAAAUUGUUACGAUUAGGAUUAAUUUAGUGAUAAAGUUGAAGAAUUAUCAUUUCGAUCGAUUAUAUUUCAAAAACUUAAUCACGAAAAAUUCAGGAGACUAGAUAAAAAGUCAAAACCCAAAGACCAGUUUAUAAAUUUCCCCGUUGAAUCUGACCUCACACUGAAGUUUGAAAAUAAUAUUUGUUUCAAGUUUUAGUUUGAAAUAUCUAGAGAAAAAGAGAAGAUAAAACGAAGGUUAAACAUUUAUUUUUAAAAUUGGGAGAUUGGACAUUCAGCUCAUAAAGCGUGAUCCCUUUCGAGGUUCCCUAUAUUUUUAAAGAAAAAAAAAUUCAAAUUUAAUGGAGAAUGUUUAUUAUAAUUUGAAAGAACAUUCUUUGGCAUUUAUUCUUUGAAGAUUAUGUCUAUCAAAUGUUGGCCGUUGCUACAUCGCAGAUGGUCCUUCCGUUGAGUCCAAUUUUCGAUGACUCGUUCGAGCAUUUCGACUGAUAACUGGCGAAUGACACGCGUUAAAUUAACUAAACUUUAGACUUUAGAUAUCCCCACAGGAAAAAGUGUAACGGUGUGAUAACACACGAUCUUGGUGGCUAAUCGACCGGCCCAAAACGUGAAAUUAGGAUCUCACCAAAAUGUUCUCUCAAUAAAUCUAUUGAUUGGUGCGAUGUGUGGAAGUGUCGCCGUCUUACUGAAACCAAAUGUCACCGAGAUCACGAGCUUCUAUUUCAGGCAUCAAAUAGUCGGUUAUCAUGCCACGAUAACGGUCGCCAUUGACGGUUUUAAAGAAAUGUAGACCGUUGAUUCCACCGACACACAAACAACACCAAACCGUGUUUUUUUCUGGAUGAAGUGGCAGUUCUUGAAUCUCUUCAGACUGAUCUUCGUCCCAAAUUCGGCAAUUGAGCCAGAAAUGGGCCUCAUCGCUAAACAAAAUUUGCCUCGAAAACGUCGAUUCUUUUUGGAACUUUUCAAGAGCCCAUAGAGCGAAGCGAUCGAGCGGCUUCAGUUGUGAAAUGUCAAACAAUACUAAGCAAACCUAAUAUCACAGCAUGACACGACACAGACUUGAUCUUUCAAAAACAGGCUAUUAAAAAAAGUACCUCUACUUGAAUCACCCAUUAUAACAAUCUUUACAAAGAUUUCUACGUUCUGUUGCAAUGCCCCUAAUAUGGCUGAAAAUGGGAGGUUUAUGAAUCAAAUCUUUAGAAUAAGAAUAUUUUGAGUCUCUACAAUUUUGUUGGCACUUAACAUAAUCCCAUGCACUCUAAGCUCCCAAUAAUAGAAAGAAAAAUAUAAUAAUUUGGAUUAUAAUUAGAAAGAAUGAAAUGUGACCAGUCUGAUGAUGGAUGUGCAAAUAAAUUAAUUAAAAAAAGAGACAAAAGAAACGUUAAAAGCAAAAAACAUACCAUUGGAAAUGAAUUGAUUAAGAAAAAAAAAAACAGAAAUAAGAAUAAUUAAAAUCCAAAACUUUAAAAUUAUACAAAAAAAACUAUGUGAUGAACUUUUCGAUAAAACUCAUUAAACCACAAAACGGCUAAAAAGAAACAUAAUGCAUUUUUAUCCUUCCAAGUACUAACGAUGACUAACAAAAAAUAUAUAAAAAUAUACACGAAAACAUAAGAAUGAAAGAAAGAUAUGAAAAUAUUUUUUUGCUCAAAACUGUGACAGAGUGUGAGUUCUCAAAUGAUGGUAGAAGAGUUUGAGGAGCCCCACUUAAACCAAAACAUUCCAUUAUUUAAUAAUAACAAAAAAAAACACUAAAACAACAAAGCGCUCAAAUUUUUCCAAUUCUUAAAAAACCAAAAAACUAACAAAUAAUACAAAAUAAUUAAACAAUCAACCAAAUAGUAUUACAAAACAACAAAAACUUAAAUAAAAUAAAACUUAUUUGUUAAAACAGCAGAUUUCCUUUUGUCAUUUUCUUACCAACUAAAACUAUAAAAUACAAAAAAAAUCCAUUUAAAAUAUAAAAAAAAAUAAUAAAAUUAAAUGUAACACAACAAACAAAAAAGAAGUACUUUUUUUAAAAAAACCAACAUUUUUUCGAGA